AUUAGAGUAUUUUUCCAAUACUUUUUACAAAAAGAAAAGAAAGAAAGGAUCGGUUGCAAGCAAGUCAAGUAAGACUGAGGAUUUCUUUGGUUUCACUCCACAUUUGUGUGGCACUUUUCUUUUCAUUCAUCACUCGCUCCUCCACUCACACUUGCAUAAGAAAAAAGAAACAAGAAACGAAUUAGCAAAGGGUUAUUAUUGUGUUAACUAAUAAUGGGGGGAUACAGAGCGGAUGACGACUACGACUACCUUUUCAAAGUAGUUCUAAUCGGUGAUUCCGGCGUAGGGAAGUCAAACCUUCUUUCAAGGUUCACCAAGAACGAGUUCAACCUCGAAUCUAAGUCCACCAUUGGCGUCGAGUUCGCCACACGCACCCUUAACGUCGACACCAAAGUCGUUAAAUCUCAGAUCUGGGACACCGCCGGUCAGGAAAGGUAUCGAGCGAUCACCAGUGCUUAUUAUCGUGGGGCUGUAGGUGCACUUCUUGUAUACGAUGUCACACGCCAUGCAACAUUUGAGAAUGUUGAUAGAUGGCUGAAAGAAUUAAGGAAUCACACAGAUUCAAACAUUGUUGUGAUGCUUGUUGGGAACAAGUCAGAUCUUCGACACCUAGUAGCUGUAUCAACUGAAGACGGAAAGGCUUAUGCUGAGAAAGAAUCACUGUACUUCAUGGAAACCUCGGCUUUGGAAGCAACAAAUGUAGAGAAUGCAUUCGCCGAAGUUUUGACUCAAAUCUACCAUUUUGUUAGCAAAAAGACAGUUGACAGCGCAGAAAAUGGAACUGCAACUGUGCCAACCAAAGGAGAGAAAAUAGAUCUUAAGAAUGAUGUGUCUGCAUUGAAGAGAGUUGGUUGCUGCUCAAGCUAAAGCUUUGCUAGCUAAAAUAAUUCAAUUGGUUUAUGCUAUGAGGUCUGUUGUACCUGUAAUAUUCUUUGAGAGAUACAAAGUAGAAAAGAAAAGAAAUUUAAAUUUUCACUACAAUUAAUUAGACUUUCUUUCUAACAUUGAAGAAACCAUGUUUCAUGUUCAAUACGAUCUGGGGAAGCAAGUUGCUGGCUUCAUGGCCUAGUCUUAAUUAUUGUAUUAUUUAGUUACUGAGAUGUUUUCACUAUCAAAGAUUCAAGCUUAAAAUAGGCAUAGGAUUUUGUUAUUUGAAAAGAUUACGCGGUGGAUGUGAUUCCUUUCUGCUCGACAAACUUUUCAGUAUCAAUUUGGCAAUGUAUAAUAUUUGGCAACCCUUUUGUAUCUUCUGCUCUGCGACCGUCUGAAAGUAUAAUAUUUUUAAGGUAGUAAGAGGUUGCAUCUUUGGAUGCGCCAUCUCAUUUUUUGUGUCA